GAACUUAAAGACACAAAUAUUUUUCAGACAGUACAUUGCAUUUGUGCUUAACUUUAAUUCAUGACUGCUCCAGCUUUCUGUUAUAUAUAUUUGAAAAGCAUGGAAAUGACAAGUUUGUAAUAAUAUUUUUUUUUGUAUAGAAAGUUCGGUGAAAGUGAAGUGAGGGGGAGUGAAGAACAAGAGGGCUCUCCUUUCGUUAUCUCUUUCUCUCAGCUGGCUUUUUUGUGUGUUGUCUGUGUGGAAAACUGUCCGAAAGAUUCGAUGAGGCAGAUUUGAAUUUAAGCACAAAUUGAGCAAUGGAGAGAGUUAAAUUUCUCUAUCACACUGCAUCGGAGGAAAAGGAUGUUUCUGGGAUUUGAUUCAAUCGUAUCGGUUUCUUGCUUUGUUUAGCAGGUUGAGGACUAGAGAGAUUGUCUCAAGAUCUCCUCUAGCUAUCCAAGGUUGUUCUAACCUGAAAAUUUUAACCUGAAUUAAGAUCUAUUGGUUGUUCAAGAAAUUCAUGUCCCAAAGCUUUCUCCAAGAAAUCAGCAACUUCUCAAAUGCAUAUGAAAGAUCUAUGACAGCAAAGCAACAAGGAGACUGGAUGUUGAGAGUGCAAGGAUUUGAGCAGGAUUUAUCCGGACAGCAGUCAGUACCCGUGUACGACACCGGAGGGAUGCUGACCGAGAUAAUCAACUUACCGUGGAGGAAACCUGCAGGUACUGAUGAUUUCUCACCAGAUGAUCAGAUCCGACCGAAUUAUCCGUGGCCUCAAAAACAGCAUCUGUUAAAUGAGGCUGCAAGCCAGCUUUCUUUCAUGAAUCCUCAUGUUAAAGUCCCGAAUUCCUCGGACUCCUCGCACCUUCAAGGGUUUCACUUGCUUAGUCCUGUGCAAGAACCCGACAUGGAGACACCAUCUGAGUUGUCCUGGAUUCCUGGAAGCAGCAGUGGGAGUUUCGAUUUGGGAAGAACAACAAGAAUUGUGGAGGGACAAGGGCUUUCGCUCUCACUUUCUUCCUCUUUAAGAAACAUGGAAUCCAACAAGUUCGAUAAAACUAUAAGCCUGGGGCAUGGUGAACUAUACUUCCAUAGUCAAGAACUGCAAGCAGGCCCUAAUUCACACAACCUCUGCGGAUCGAAAGAUCUUGGGACAAACCAUCAACUGUUCCAUUCUCCCCGCAGAGUCUUGGACCAUGGGAAUCAGGCUCAUCCGGGGCUCGUUGAAUCCGCAAGAACUGGCCCCAAUAUCCUGAGGAAUUCGCGGUACUUGAGUGCCGCGCAAGAAUUGCUGCAAGAAUUCUGUUGUGUUGGUAAAGGGCAGUUGAAGAACCAGAGAUUGAAGAAUCAAGACGGAAACCCUAAUUCAGCCAUGGACGGCGGUGGAGACGCUGCCGCCGGCCCGUCUUCUUCCUCGAAAGAUCAACAUCAUCCCAUUUCGCCUGCCGAAAGGGCUGAGCACCAGAGGAGAAAAAUGAAGCUGUUAACCAUGCUUGAUGAGGUGGAUGCAAGGUACAGGCGAUACUGCGAGCAAAUGCAGGCAAUAGUGAAUGCGUUCGAUUCGGCGGUGGGGAGAGGGGCGGCGGCACCGUACACGGGGCUGGCGCAGACGGCUAUGUCGCGGCAUUUCCGGUGCAUAAAGGAUGCGAUAGCUGGGCAGCUGAAGGAGACGUGUGAAGGUCUGGGGGAGAAAGAUGUGGGUGGAGGUGGGGGGCUGACUAGAGGAGAGACUCCACGGCUGAAGCUGCUUGAGCAGAAGUAUCGGCAGCAGAAAUCCCUCCAGCGUGUGGGGAUGCUGGACCCUGAAUCCUGGAGGCCCCAAAGGGGCUUGCCUGAUGGCUCUGUUAACAUACUCCGUGCCUGGCUUUUUGAUCAUUUUCUUCAUCCGUACCCGAGUGAAGCAGACAAACAUAUGCUGUCUCGACAGACUGGUUUAUCAAAAAAUCAGGUCUCCAAUUGGUUCAUAAAUGCUAGGGUCCGCCUCUGGAAGCCCAUGGUGGAAGAAAUGUACCAGCAGGAGUUUCGGGAAGAGGUACAACCCGCCACAGCACCAAAGGAAGAAACUACUUCUGAACCAAGCUCACAGACCCCAACGCACAAAACUGGAGCAACCACUACUGCACCACCACCAAUAUCUUUAUCAAGAACAGAAAACGAAAAGGGCCCUUCAAUAAAUAACACCUCCUCCGCCGCAUGCGAGGACUCGCCGACGAGGGAGUACCGGUGUUUUAUGGCCGAUGCGGCGGCAGGGAUGAUGGUUAGGGCUGGGAGUCAGGCAGGGGAUGUGUCUCUCACUUUGGGACUUAAGCACUCCGAAAAUGUUCCAAAGAUGAGCCGAUUGUCAAUUAGGGACUUUGAGGCCUAUAGAAUUAAAGGGUAGAUUAUAACA